AUGAUACUCGCUCAGACAGCAAUGGGUGCUGGUAUCCUUGCUCUGCCCUAUGCGUUUUCUAACCUGGGGUAUGCCUUUGGGACGCUUAUGCUGCUGGUGUCAUCGGGCGUGUCUGCGUUUACCCUGCACCUUCUGUCUGUGUGUGUUGCUAAUGUGGGUGGUAGAAGCACUACCUUCGGCUCCAUCGCACAGGCUUCGUAUCCUCGGCUGGGAUGGAUCGCUGAUCUCUUGGUUGUGGUGGUCACCUUUGGAGUGUGUUCAUCCUUUCUUAUCGUAGUAGGAGAUAACCUCCCCCUAGUAGUCUCCUUCCUGUCAGACCUUCCCCAAACCAGCCCUGGCAGUGUGUGGCUCGGUAGACACGUCUACAUAGCCCUGGCCUGGGCGCUCGUGUGCGUGCCUCUGUCUGUAAGUGGACGCUUGGAUCUACUGAAGUACACAUCACUCCUGGCCAUAGCCAGUGUGGUGUUUACUAUGGUGCUGGUGGUGGUGUACUACGUUGAGCCUAGCGACAGCUGGAACCCCUGUGGCAGUGAUGAGACCAGUGAGGCAGAGGCUGUGGGGUGUCUGGGCGAUGUUGUAGCGUUCAACGACGACUUUGUGAAGAUUAUGACUGGGCUGCCGCUGUUUGUCUUUGCCUACGGAUGCCACGGACAGAUCUUCGGCAUAUACAACGAGCUGAAGGUACAGAAAGUGCGAUCCAUGAACUUUAUCGUAGUGCUGGCCGUCAGUCUGUGUGCGCUGCUGUACACCGUCUGUGGCCUGUUCGGAUAUCUCAUCUACGGCAGCCUGACGCAAUCCAACAUCCUGCUGAACUUUCCACUGGGAGUUGCCAGCAGCGUGGCACGCCUGGCAAUGUCGCUGGUGGUCAUUCUCACGUAUCCGCUGGCCAUACACCCGUGCCGGUUGUGUACGUUAAAUCUGAUUUCAACAUUUGUGAACGCGUAUCGAAAUAAGAGCUUUAUUACGCCCCAGAGCGACACGGCAGAAGGUCCAGCAGACCUUUUUGGCGACAGCAGUGAUGAUAUGGUGAGAUGUGAAGUUGCAAGGGAAACCAAAGAAAUCUCGGGUGCAUAUACACGUAUUAGCAAGGGAUGUAUAGAUAUGCACGAUUGCGGGGUAGGAGAUGCGAACAGUGCGAACACACAAGAGUGUAUGCCAGAGAAAGCGGGAGUGAACACGUCGGCAGAGGGCGACGUAUUUGAAGCAAAGUACACCACAGGAACGAAUACACGUUGCAAUGACGAUUCGCAAGCACCUGCGCUGCAUAUAACACGGGAAAAUAAGCUGGACGACCCCUCACACAACAGACAAGGAUGUCAGGCACUCACCCACGACCCUACCGGCACAGCGACUGCUGCCCAAGCACAUACAGAGGCACCCGCGUGCGCCCAACAGCCAGCCAUACACUCACCAUACGCCACUGGGCGAAUGGAGUUCAUUGCCGUGACUGUGGUCAUGCUGGCAGGUACUUUUGCACUGGCCAUGGGUGUCAGUGACCUAGGGCUGGUGUUUGGCCUCAUUGGCGCGACUGCGUCCACAAUGGAAGUGUUUGUGCUGCCUGGGGCGAUCUAUGUGGAGCAGAUGAGGACUCGCGAGUGUGGGGGGGUGCGUGGGAGACUGACGUACUGGCUGGCGGUGGUAAUGAUUCCCUUUGGGUUUGCGUUUGGGGGUGUUGCGGUGGCGUGCACGCUGAUGACGGGUGGGUCGGGCCAUUAGCGGCGGGUAGUGACGCUGUGCAUAGCCCAGUUUGUAGUAGAUUGUCGACUUGAGCUUCACUAUAUGCGAAUUAUCGUCUAGGAUGUUGCUAGUUCCUGGUGUAUGUGUGAACAUCUAUAGGUGUGCGUAUGCUGAGAUGCGAAUUCAUUGCAUACUUUCCUUGGAUUUGAAGCGUAAAGUUCAAGGAGUGAUCUGUGUGCGAGAAUUGGCUCUUGUCGACCUCAUCCAGUCUUCCAGGCUGAUGAGUUGCUCACAAGGGUUAGAAGUAUGAUGUAUGAAGGCUAUCAAAAGCGUGCAAAUGAAGCCAAUAUUUAGGUUGCAUGGUAUUGCCAAGCCUGAUAUCGCACAGAAGAAAUAAGAAAACGUGGCUGAAACCAUAUGCAUAUUCGAUGGUUAUCCCAGCGCAUCAACAUCGAUGUGAAAGCGACGGUCCAAUAUGUGCGAUACGAGGAUGGACGAGGACGUUUAGCCAUCGAAACGGUUGUUAAGAUACAACAUCCUGAAGGUUGCCAUUUACGAAUUGAGAUAUAAUAUGUUUUUAGAACUUAAUUUUAGAUAUGGAAUAACCUAAGAAGGAUAUCAUAAGUGCGCUUCCCGGUUUGAAGCUGAAUGUGAAUAAAACACGAGCG